GUAGCCUACACAUGCCGUGCCGUGUAUACCGGUCGCGCCGGCCGGCACAUAAAACGUGCAUGCGCUUUCUUUUCACUUCUGCGGGAAAACGUGACUGACACGCGGGAAAAAUGGCAGGUUCUGUUGCCAAAAUAUGUCGAUCACUAGCAAGUCUGGGCCGCUUAGAAUCGCCAAGAUGUGGUCUAUUGGGAAUGGUGAAUUUCAGCCAAACGCGGCAGUAUGCCAAUGGAAGUCGAAUUGAAGUAGCCAAUCCGGUGGUCGACCUCGAUGGUGACGAGAUGACCCGGGUCAUCUGGGAGAAGAUCAAAGAAACGCUGAUCUUCCCUUAUCUGAAGCUAGAAAUCAAGUACUUUGACCUUGGCCUACCCUACCGAGACCAGACAAAUGACCAGGUCACCAUUGACUGUGCCAACGCCAUUCUCAAGUACAACGUGGGUAUCAAGUGUGCCACCAUCACUCCAGAUGAGGAGAGGGUGAAAGAAUUUAAUUUGAAGAAGAUGUGGAAGAGCCCAAACGGCACAAUCAGGAACAUCAUAGGUGGCACCGUGUUCCGUGAACCGAUUCUGUGUCAGACGAUCCCUCGUCUGGUCCCCGGCUGGACUGCGCCUAUUGUCAUUGGUCGCCACGCUUUUGGAGAUCAGUACCGUGCAACAGAUUUUGUGACCGACGAGCCCGGCACGUUUGACCUGGUGUUCACCCCCGAGGGUGGAGGCGAAAAGCGAGUCUUCCCAGUCUACAAAUUCUCUGGAGGCGGCUGCGGUCUGGGCAUGUACAACAAUGACGAGUCCAUUGAAGGAUUUGCCCACAGCUGUUUCCAGUAUGCCCUUUCCAAGAAGUUUCCGUUGUAUCUCAGCACCAAGAACACCAUUCUCAAGAAGUAUGACGGCCGUUUCAAAGACAUCUUUGAGGACAUCUACCUGAAGAACUACAUAAACCAGUUUGAGGAUCAGGGCAUCUGGUAUGAACACCGUCUCAUUGAUGACAUGGUGGCCCAAGCCCUCAAGUCGGCCGGUGGAUUUGUCUGGGCUUGCAAGAACUACGACGGGGAUGUUCAGUCAGAUGUUGUGGCUCAAGGUUAUGGCUCCCUGGGUCUCAUGACUAGCGUGCUGGUUUGUCCAGAUGGCAAAACCAUCGAAGCAGAGGCCGCACAUGGAACAGUCACCCGGCAUUACAGAGAACACCAGAAGGGUAACCAAACCAGCACCAACCCCAUCGCCAGUAUCUUUGCAUGGACACGGGGCUUGGAGCACCGUGCCAAACUGGACAAUAACCCAGAGCUGGCCCGCUUCUGUACCACACUGGAGAAGGUUUGUGUGGACACCGUAGACUCUGGCCUGAUGACCAAGGACUUGGCUGGAUGCAUUCACGGACUGAAGAACGUCAAGCCGGAGCAUUACCUGAACACCAUGGAUUUCUUGAAUACCAUCUCUGAGAACCUCAGCAAGGCUUUGGGGAAAUAGAUCUGUCCUCACGCCGAGGCGACUAGGUUAGUGGUGGCAUCCGUUGUGUUGCCGUAGACACAGUAUCCAGGACAACAGUGAGAUGCAUAAAAUGUUACUGAAAACAAUGCAAAGUGGCUAUUCUGUGGGAUAUUUUGUACAUUGUUCCCCAUCCAACAUGCUUCUAAUUUUGUAGUGGUUUUAAAGCAUCCAUUUUUUGUUGCUUAGUAACAACAUGCUCCAAUUUUAUGGCGCUUCUAACCAGAAAGUAUUGCUUAGCAAAAAUUUGACGGGAACCAUUAACAAGCAAUAUGGAAUACCUUUAAAUAUCACUGGUAAGCUGCUUUUGCAUUGCAAAUAUUUUCUGAGUAGAUUUAGAGGAACUUCUUUAAGUUGUUACAAGCCAAAUUCUCAGACAAUUUUGAUCGGGUCUUAGUUUUUGCUCAAAUUUGGCCAAGUCAUUAAAUUUGCUGGGCAUUAUUGUACACGAAGCUAUUUGAUGAAAUUGAUGUUUAGUUCCCCCUUUACUACUUGUCACAGUAAUGCCUGAAAUUUUGCUAUUCGUGCUUAAAAGCUUGGACAAGCACGUCAAACAGCCUGUGUGCUUUUGAAACACUUGAAGUUAGAAGCAUCUUUUUAGAGGGUACAAGGGGUCAGCUAGGGUGUAUAGAAAUACCCAAGAAUUGUCACAAGACUGCAAAGUAUUAGCUUGGUGAAUUUUAUUCCUUCUUGUGUGAUUUCAAAUAGGUAGUGUAAUUUAGUCUUGUGAAUGAAACAUGUUGGCUCAUAAUUGCAAAGUAGCAAAUGAUGCUAGUUUUAUUAAAGAGCUUUUAUUUUCAGAGUGAGGACUAUGAAUUUCAAUAAGUUAUUGAAGGAGCCAUGAAUUUCUUUAGAGGGACUUCUUGCUACUAACCCCACAGUUUACUUGAAUUUCUUAAACUCGUAUAUGGUUAUACUUUUCCGGCGAGGUGUCACAGGUUUCUGUAUUAAUUAUUGCAAAGGUCCACAUCAUUUUCCUCCCAGUUGGUAACCUUUUGUUGUGUGUGCUAUAUAAUUUUGAGGUCGUUUGCUGUGCAGGUCACACCAAUCCCCGAGGGGAAGUAAGCUGACGUAGCUUUAGUAGGAUAGCUUAGACGUUCAACACUUGGGAAAGGAACACUUUCAAAUCAUGGCAAAAUCUGUUUUACAAAAGUCUCAGUUGUGAGGACCUCGGAAAUUUCUGUUGUGCAAUACUGGGCAAUACCAACGAUUCACAAUAGUGCGCCACCAAGAGUUUGCAACACACUGGCCAAUCAUAACGCGCAAAAUUUGUCGACCAUUUCC